AUGUCACACCUGUCCUCACUCCUAACCACAACCUGCCAUGCAACAGGUCACCUGGGCCCUCUCCUUCCACACCUGUCCCCACGCGUUAACCACAACCUACCAUGCACCAGGUCACCUGGGCCCUCUCCUUCCACACCUGCCCCCACCUCACCCACCCACAAGUACACCUGGACCCUCUCCUUCCACACCUGCCCCCACCUCACCGCCCUCACCCACCCACAGGUACACCUGGGCCCUCUCCUUCCACACCUGCCCCCACCUCACCGCCCUCACCAACCCACAGGUACACCUGGGCCCUCUCCUUCCACACCUGCCCCCACCUCACCGCCCUCACCCACCCACAGGUACACCUGGACCCUCUCCUUCCACACCUCACCGCUCUUACCCACCCACAGGUACACCUGGGCCCUCUCCUUCCACACCUGCCCCCACCUCACCGCCCUCACCCACCCACAGGUACACCUGGACCCUCUCCUUCCACACCCGCCCCCACCUCACCGCCCUCACCCACCCACAGGUACACCUGGACCCUCUCCUUCCACACCUCACCGCCCUCACCCACCCACAGGUACACCUGGGCCCUCUCCUUCCACACCUGCCCCCACCUCACCGCCCUCACCCACCCACAGGUACACCUGGACCCUCUCCUUCCACACCUGCCCCAUCCUCACCGCCCUCACCCACCCACAGGUACAACUGGACCCUCUCCUUCCACACCUGCCCCCACCUCACCGCCCUCACCCACCCACAGGUACACCUGGACCCUCUCCUUCCACACCUGCCCCCACCUCACCCACCCACAAGUACACCUGGGCCUCCUCCUUCCACACCUGCCCCCACCUCACCGCCCUCACCCACCCACAGGUACACCUGGACCCUCUCCUUCCACACCUGCCCCCACCUCACCGCCCUCACCCACCCACAGGUACACCUGGACCCUCUCCUUCCACACCUCACCGCCCUCACCCACCCACAGGUACACCUGGGCCCUCUCCUUCCACACCUGCCCCCACCUCACCGCCCUCACCCACCCACAGGUACACCUGGACCCUCUCCUUCCACACCUGCCCCCACCUCACCCACCCACAGGAACACCUUGGCCCCUCCUUCCACACCUGCCCCAUCCUCACCGCCCUCACCCACCCACAGGUACACCUGGGCCCUCUCCUUCCACACCUGCCCCCACCUCACCGCCCUCACCCACCCACAGGUACACCUGCCCCCACCUCACCGCCCUCACCCACCCACAGGUACACCUGCCCCCACCUCACCCACCCACAGGUACACCUGCCCCCACCUCACCCACCCACAGGUACACCUUCCCCCACCUCACCGCCCUCACCCACCCACAGGUACACCUGUCCCCACCUCACCGCCCUCACCCAUCCACAGGUACACCUGCCCCCACCUCACCGCCCUCACCCACCCACAGGUACACCUGUCCCCACCUCACCGCCCUCUCCCACCCACAGGUACACCUGUCCCCACCUCACCGCCCUCACCCACCCACAGGUACACCUGUCCCCACCUCACCGCCCUCACCCAUCCACAGGUACACCUGCCCCCACCUCACCGCCCUCACCCCCCACAGUCCCCACCUCACCGCCCUCACCCACCCACAGGUACACCACACCUGUCCCCACCUCACCGCCCUCACCCACCCACAGGUACACCUGUCCCCACCUCACCGCCCUCACCCACCCACAGGUACACCUGUCCCUACCUCACCGCCCUCACUCACCCACAGGUACACCUGUCCCCACCUCACCGCCCUCACCCACCCACAGGUACACCUGUCCCCACCUCACCGCCCUCACUCACCCACAGGUACACCUGGACCCCCUCUAUAGGCGCAGCAAGGUUAGAACAUAG